AUGACGCCCGGUUCCCCAGAUGAAGCUCUUCACUUUCGAGGCAAGACCCUGACUCCCGAGAGCCCUCGUCCGCUACACAUCGCGGAACCAGCCAAUAUUCCGGUGCUUCAGAAUCAAAUGGACCCCGUCUUCAACGAUACUUCGACUUAUGAGAAGUCCGAGUCUGCUGUUGAACACCGCGCCCAGCUGCAUGAUGAUCUACCAUCCACUAUGCCCAUUAUGCUGGGACAAUUCCAAACUCAAACACAAGGUAGCUACCACCACUCUGGUGCAUUUCAGGCGGACGACGGUUCGAUGAACAAGAAUGUGGUUGCGUCUUCCCAUGCGUCACUGCCAUCAGACCAAUCUGCAUGUGCUUCUUCCAUGACCACUGCGACCACCUCUGCUGCGCAGGGUUUCGAACCAAACUCAUCUCUAACCACUGCUCCUCCAUCAGAUUCCGCCACCCAUAUAACUCAUCACCCUUUCCCCGAUCUCCCUCCCUCUGCUCCCCAUGCUUCACAGAGCAUUCCCAUUGCGAGCGAAAUAGACCAUGCAGCCUCCUCCUGGGCAGCUUCGUCGGCUCCACAGGAUCGCUUAGCCACCCGCAACAGACCACAUAACACUGGUGAGGAUGGUGUGGAUUUCCAGAACCUCCUCGAUAAUCUUCCCCCUCCUCUACCGCUCCUUCUGCCCCUGCAAUAUCUGAGGCCGUUCCUUUCGGGGACGCCUCUGCGGACCCUCAAGCAACCGAUGAAGCUCUCCAAUCUUCCCUGGGCUUGCCUCCUCGUCCCCCACCCCAGGAGAAGCCUUCCAUCCAUCCCAACUAUAACCCUAGCGAUGAUAUUCGCUCCUGCCGGCGCUCCAGGGACCACCUCGGGCGUCAGCACCCUGCCCCCUCCUCCUGUGGCUAGUUUUCAGCAGUCCCCGCCAGCCACGGCGGAAGUGCAGACACCUUCCUCCCCAGUGUCCAAUAAGGCUGGGCGUGUGGAUAGACAGCAGCCUCGGCAAUCUAAAAGCGCUGAUGAUGAUGCCCCUUGGGGGCCAGACGUACAAAAGAAGUAUGACGAGUUUCUACAUGAUGAGAGGGUAUAUGUCACAGAAGGACUCUGGGACCGUUUCCCAGCGGGAUCCAGGUUAUUUGUCGGCAACCUUCCAACCGAACGAGUGACCAAGCGAGAUCUGUAUCAUAUCUUUCACAAGUACGGGAAGUUGGCGCAGAUAUCUAUCAAGCAGGCGUACGGCUUUAUACAGUUUCUGGAGGCUCCAGCCUGCAAGCAAGCGCUCGACGUAGAGCAAGGAGCCGUGACCUUGAAAUAUCCAAGCCACAGAGAAAUACGAGGCCAGGCCCAGCUCCUGCAGAACCUUCUCGCGCUCCGCCGGCCAGGCGUUCGAGGUCUCCCGAAUACAGCAGAGGGGGACCGUCGAGCAGUCGCAACCCUAGAGCUCCUACGGAUCGCUACGACCGACCAUACGAAUCACCGAGAGUUCCAUUUAGCGAUUUCAGAGAUGAGCCUACUCACCGUAGGCGCGAUGACUAUCGGCCUCCCCCUCGAUCCCCGUCCCCUCGUGGCUUCCGCGGAAGGGACGGAUAUCGGUCCCGGGAUAGAACGCCAGAGCGGUACGAUCGACGCGAACGACGCCGAUCCCGGUCCCCCUAUGCAAGGGACCGAAGAUACCGCAGCCCCAGCCCACGGGCCGCGGGUGCAAAUUCUCGUCUUGGAGGAGGUAGACCGAAACUUCAUCUUCCAUGUGGAAAAUGCAUUCCGCAAUAGAGGUCUUCGAGUUGAUGUUUUGGUGUUGGGUCCCCGAAUCCCACUGAAUGCGGCCGUUCAACGGCAGAUCAACGAAGGUGUUCUCGCAGUGGUGAGACUCGCCCGUCCAAACCAGUUCUCCAGGAAGAUUCCUCUACAGGUUUUCGAUCGAAGCGGGGGUGCAGACAACGUUCGAUUUAAUGAGUAUCCCGAUGUUGAGCCGAACAUUGCCGCUGAGAUCGUCUUCCACGCGCAGUCAGUGCAGCGCGGCGCGCCUCCUACUCCAUUCCCUCCCAAUCCAGCUUUUGCGGUUCCUUCCCUGGCACCUCCGCCUGUGCCGCAGGCCCCAUUGCCAGCUCUUUCUAAUCCCCCCAACAUCGCCAACCUAAUCACGUCCCUCGACGGACCUACUCUACAGUCUCUUUUGGGUGCGCUCCAGCAGCGGCAAGCAGCCGUCCCAACUGCGCAACAGCCAUUUUCUACCACAGCAUCAACACCCAAUGCCGGUGCAGAUCUCGCUAGUCUUUUGAGUGCAGCCACACGACACCCUGUUCCCGCGAACCCACAACAACCUCUCCCUCCGCAACCGUUCCCAAUCCAAGCACCUAAUGCUCCAGUGGUGUCUGAUCCCAACUUGAUAUCACUGCUAGCCAAGGGCUUGGGAGGACAACAGGCGCAAAAUCAGGCAACCGUUGGUCCUCAUGUACAGAACAUCAUGAAUCAAUUGGGCAAAUGGAAGCAAUGA